AUGGACAUGCCAGCAGCAAACUCAGUUCUCUUCUGCCCAUUGAAGAUCGGCAAUGGAACCAUCUCCAGCCGAAUUGUCAUGGCACCUAUGGCGAGACUUCGAGACUGCAGGCAGCACGUUCCCUUAGCCCCCAUGAUGACCAUCAUAUCGCCCCGCGCCUGUGGCUACCCGCACCCUCCAGGGAUCUGGACGAAUGACCAAGUUGCGGCCUGGAAAGCGGUCACGGCCGCCGUCCAUGCUCAGGGAUCACGAAUCUAUCUUCAGAUCGGGGCUCUUGGCCGCGUUGCGCAUCCUCUUGUGCUUGAGGAAGACGUGGCUCUGUUUGGUUUGCAAAAAGACGCGAUCCGACUUGCUGCCCCAAGCUCGAUACCAUGCGGUAAAGGGCAUCCUAUUCCGGCGGAAUUAACAACGGAAGAAAUCAAAGCCCUGAUAAAAGACUUUGCCACAGCGGCACGGCGGGCCGUGGAUGAUGCCGGCUUUGAUGGCGUGGAGGUCCACGGCGGCUAUGGCUAUCUCAUCGACCAGUUUAUCCAAGACACAGCCAACCAGCGGACAGACUCCUACGGUGGCAGCGUUGAGAACCGUUCUCGUUUUGCAGUCGAGGUUAUGCGCGCGGUUGUCGAUGCUGUAGGCGCGGAGCGGUCCGCAAUUCGUCUAUCGCCAUGGUGCUCCUCGCAGGGCAUGGGGAUGAGCGAUCCCAUGCCGCAGUUCAUCUAUCUCGUCCAGCAGCUCCGUGAUUUGAAACUCUCAUAUUUGCAUCUUGUUGAGCCUUAUGCAGCUUCUUAUACCAACGACACACUCGCCUUAUACGGCGAUAGUAACGAUAUUCUCAUUCGCAUGUGGGGAAAGACAAGUCCUGUCAUUUUGAAUCAUGGACUCGAUGCAUUGAGUGCCUGCAAGGCCAUUGAGAAAUACAUCGGCGUAGUGGACAUUGCCGUGGCCAUGGGCGCACCUUUUAUCUCGAAUCCUGAUCUGAUCUAUCGCAUCAAGAAGGGUAUCCCACUUAUGCCUCCGGAUCGAUCCAAGUCGUUCUCAGUGAUGGACCCGGACGGCUACAUUACGUACCCCUUUUCAGAUGAGUGGGAGGCCGAACAAGAGGCCCGGCGACGGGGGAACAAGGCUUAG